AUAUCAGAGUGUGUUAGCUUUCAUUUUCUAUUACCUCGUAGUCAGUGACAUUAACGUGGCUCAGUCGCAUCAUCACAGCUCCGGUGGAAUUAAUAAAUUCAAAAUCCGUUAAACCCUGGCGAGGCUUGACAUAUGUUUUGAAAAAAUCAUCCAUUUAUUGUUGUACUGAUAAGGUGCGUUUUUGAGUGGUGGGUUCUUUACAAAUAACGCUAUGUGAUUGGACUUUGUGAUUACAAAGUCAUGAAGUUGUCCAAAGUGACUCAUCAUUCGUUAUUUCCGAUCAUUGCAGUCUUGUUGAUUGCGGUACUACAUGCAAAACCUUCAACGGCGGUGUCAACUGCAGAUGACCACCGCUCAAAUGUAGAUUUGCGGCAUUUAAUUUCUAUUUUGGACUCGAAUGGAACAAGUGGUGGGACCACAAGUCAAAACACUGAUCAUAACAGGAAUGUUGCUGACCAGUCGACAAAGGCUAGCUCAUCACCUAAAACUGUGCUUAUUAAAAGGAAAGUCAAAGUAAAAAAGUAUGCGGAGAGUUCCACCGUGGGGCCGCAAGUGACACCAACAAAUGCCCCACCACCAUCCAUCACUAGUAGUACCACGAGGAUGUCAACGUCGACAACGACCUCCAAACCACCGAUCGUGUCAAGUACGACAUCAACUGUUUCAUUUAACACCACGACUCUUCUUCCAAGUAUGAAAAACUCCAAUUUCCCAGUGAAAAAUAAUAGCAAUGCCGAUAGACGCAUUGAUUCUCAUAUUGACACGCUGCAAGAAAUUGCUCCACCCUCUCAACAGGAUUUGGUGAAUCAACUUUCUCUACUUAAUUCCUUGCUUACCAGUCUUGGUGACAAUUCCACAACCACUGAGAGUCCUACGACUACUUCUAAAUCGACAACUUCAACACCAACAAGUGCCACAGAAUCAUCAAGCAAAAAUGUUGCAAUUGAUAAUCCGACUCGCGAAGAUCAACAAGCACUGGCAGCGUUAAGCGCUAUUUUCGGGGGUUCGGAUGCCACAGCGGCUUUGUUAAAUUCAAAUGUGGUCCCACGCCAAAUUUCUUCUGGAGCGGAAACAGAAGCUGCUAAAGCUCUUUCAGAGUUUCUUGUUCAAGCAGCAGCGAUAGAUGCACAAAAAAGCAAUAAUGGUCAUAGUUCGCAUCCCAGCACAAAUCUUAACACAGCGUCAGCAGCUAGUAACCAGUUUUCUAGUCUUGUCUCACUAUUGGGGACAUUGAAUUCAUUUGCACAACAGCCAAAUGAACAAGAUCAGUUUAAUAAUAAUAAUGGCUUCAGUUCUAGUCAAAAUAUUCAACAAUCACAACAAUUAGACCCGCAACAACUGUUAUCUGCAUUUGAAGCAAUUCAUGAGCAACAACAGCGUCAAAAUCCGACCGCACAACCAAACUCAUUGGCAGAUAUACUUGGCCAGGUUCAAUCUCAUUCACCUUUUGGAAAAUUGCUGACCUCUCAAGGAGCUGGGGGAAUUUUGUCGUCGGUUGGCGCUGGACUGACCUCAUUGGGAUCCUCAAUGUUUACCACAGUUUCGAACAUUUUUAGUGGGAGUGGAUUCGGUGGGAAGCCAAGAGUUCGAGGAGUUGACACACGAAUGGGUUUGGGAUACCGGUUUGGAGACGCUGCAGACGCUCAAAUAAUGUUCGAUGUUGGCCCUCAACUCUUCACCGAAACUGUUAAAAAUGAAUUAAGAUCUCCAACCAUGGGCAAGAAAAGUCAUACCGUCGACCCCAACGAAGAGCUCAUCCGUUCGCUGUCAGGGGGUGGUAAGCACCAAGAGGACGUUUCCGCUGCCAAACGAGUUCUUCAACUCCAGCUGCACCGAGAAAUGAGAAAUCAUCAUCUAAAUCAGAAACAAUUCUCUCCAACGGCUAUCACUCCAAAGAAACCACUUUCACUCUUGGAUAUUUGGAAUGCGGGCAAAGAAUUCAACGUUGCGGCUCCCAGACUUCAAAUUCCAGAUCAACUUUUGACACCUCCGCUCAAUGAGGCAGACAUGAUGCAAAUGAAAAGGAACAAAAACUUUCGAAAACGAUCUUCCACAUCUCUCAAGAAUUACUACUCCAAGCCUCUCGAUGACCCUCUGGCUGGACAUAGCACCUUGACUGCAUAUGAACAAAUGCUGAUAACUCAGGGCAGAGACUUGGGAGCAAAGUUUUCCGGAGGAGAAGAUGAAGAACCAAUCCCUACAAGGCGACCCAAACGUCGAAGAAAAUUUCGACAACGACAACCAAUAAUUUUAGAAGAAGAAGAAAAGAUUGAUGACAUUUUGCCAGAAACUGAGUAUGGCAGUGAUAAUGGGCUGGAUGAAUCUCCAUCAAAAAAUAAAAAGCCAACACGGAAAGGCUCAUCUCGAACAAAGAAGAAACGACCAUCCAAAAUGCGACCUCGCCCACCAAAUGACAAGCACAAGUGGAAACCACGCGGAAACGAUAAUCUUGAAGAUGUUACUAAAGAAGAAGACGUGCAUCCGGAUCAUAAACCUACUCGAGAUGGACCUGGGAGCAGGGAAAGGACUCGAGAUCGCACCUCAAAGGAAUCCUCCAGAUCGCGGUCAAAGGAAAACAAAAGUCGGGAGAGAUACGACAAAGACGUUGGCGAGGAGGACGACCAGAGACCUGAUGACCGACCACCACCCUCAAGAGAUGACUUCAACUUCCGGCAAGUCGAGCCCAAGCAGGCUCACUCAGAAUCACGGCCUCAAUUUGAUGACGGGAUAAAUGAUUAUAAUGAUGAGGCUGAGAAUACAGAAAUGAUGGACGACUUUGAUCCACCAGAGCGAUCAAGAGAUGAUGAUGACGAUCAUGCUGAUGAGGUACGCCAUGGAUCAAAGGAAAGACCACGCAGUGAUGAACGAACGCGUGGUAAACCAAAGAAAAUGCCCAACGAGGAUCCGUACUACUGGCCAAAAGAUAAACCACAGGUUGACUUCCGCCAUGAAUCUAAAGAAAAUUAUAAUACAUUUUCCAAAGAAAGGCCAUAUCAUAAUUCUCAACAUGGACCAAGUGAAAGACCAUACGACGACGGUUUCUCUGAUGACGAUGGUCCCAGACACAUCAAGCGCCCCAAGCAGAAAGACAGUUUCAAAGACGAUGAUUACCAUGCGAAAAGGGAACACCGUCCCGUAAGCAAACCGAAGCCAAUAAGGCCACCUCCAUCAAGUUCUCGAGACCAUAAAAAGUCUCCUUCAUCUAAAUUCAGUCUUGCCAAGAUAUUUCACUACUGGGUUAGGAAAGGCCGACGACAAAGUAAUAAAGGGAAACCCAGCAAAAAACCUCCAACUGAUCGCAGCCAUCAUCUUUCUGAAGAUGAGAACUCGGCUGACGAAGCAUAUGAACGGUUCACUUACAGACAACCCGAUUUACCAAAGUCGAGAUCUGAUGAUCGUUUCCACUCGAGAAACACAUUGAGACCUCGUCGCCCCCGUCCGCAGAGCAGUUUCAAUAGAAAAACAAGUCUUUCCCAAGUGUGGGGAGGUGCCAUUGGUGGUAGUGCUGGUGGUAUCCCAUACAAGAACUUUCAUCAAAUAUACUCUCCCCAAAUUAAUCCGGAAGCAAAUGAUUCCUUCCUGAGACGCAAUCAAGUCGCGGUGAAUAACAGAUUGAAGGAAAUUGAAAGACAAAAACUAUUAGAAGCCCAGUCUCAACCUCAAACUGAUUCUUCCUUCUCAGAAUAUGAAGAUGGCCAUCCUUCACCUUCCCCCACUAAUUCUGUAAUGUCGUUUGUUAAAAAUUACUUUGCUUCAAAAACCACUCCAAAACAAAGAGUUACAGACCCUGAACAUAAAACCAACGGUGGGAGUAAUAAUAACGGGUCUAAUAAACCCAAGUCAAUUAGCACAUUAGCAAAACUAAUCUCAAACCCCUCUGCUCUCAAUCCUCUGAAAAUUCUGCCCAUCCGAAGAAAUCGAGUUCGCCCACCCACAUCAACUCCUCCAACUCCCAAUAAUAAGAAACCCCAAGUCCGACAUAAAUUGGCAGUCAUCGGUGGAAAGCUUCAAAUCGUGAAUGUCACUGUUAUUCCCACCACGACGACCACUACUGAAUCCCCCGUUGUUCAUAUUGGAGAUGACAUGUCCUUUGAAGAAUUAACCCAAGUUUUGAGCCAGGUGAAAAAGAAUCAGAAAAAGAAGCUCAAGUUGAAGGUGAAAACAACAACCACGCCUGAACCAGACCAACAUAGAAAAGUUGACUAUGAUGACGAGGACGACGUGCAUGUUGGAGCAAAAGCAGCCGAGAAGGUUGAUGCCGAUGACAACUUGGCUAAAUCAAACCAUGUAGAAGAACAACAGGAUCCCGAAUAUGAUACUGACGAUGGUCUCAAAGGCAUUUUCAUCGACAUUGAAAGCGGUGAGGUUAAUGUGCUCAAGCCCGUUGCGGAACUGACGAGUUUCCUCCCCAAAAAGGAAGAGGAUGAAGAAUCAAACGUUUCUGAUCUUGUUGCCGAUGAGUUGGAUGACGAAGAUGGCGAUGGGAUUGCAGAUCAAGAAAUGAGGAGAAAGACUCAAAUUUUCACCGAAAUUCAAACCGAACUCAAAAAGAAUUACGACAAAAUGAAGAAAGAACAUGAAAGAGUGGAUGCCAAAAAGCGGAGGAAAGAACAACUCGCAGCAAAGGGGAUGGACGAGUCUAUAGAUGUCGUCUCUAAAUAUUUUGACAUGGUCGAAAAGGACGACGACGAAGAUGACAAGCCAUCAAAGUAUAUCUCAUAAUACGUAAAAAUAUUUAUUGAUUGAAACUUAUUUAUUGUGCAUGUGUUCUGUUUUGUUCGUGUGUAGUAACUUAUUCUUAUAUUCCCAUAAUUUUCCUAUUUUCUACUUAUUUAUUUUGCUUGUUAUAUGACAAUGUGACUGACUGCGUGAAAGACUGUGUACCUGUGAACCUCGAGUAAUAAAUAAUCUCAUAGAGCGAAAUAAAGUUGUCGAAAAAGCCGUAA